AUGUCCUCCACCCCAGUCCUGCACGUUGGCAUCCUGGGCGCCACCGCCGCCACGGAAUCCAUCUACAUACCAAUCCUCGCCUCCCUCCCAACGCACUACACCCUCACCAUCAUCCACACAACGAACAACGACCUCGCAACCCACUCCCAGAAAAACACCAACAUCCCCAAAUCCACCACAGUCCCAGACGAAGUCAUCAACCACCCCGACGUAUCCCUAAUCAUCAACCUCCUCCCCUUCGACCACCAUGAGAAAUACACCCUCGCCGCUCUCGAAUCCGGCAAACAUGUCAUGGUCGAAGUCCCCCUCAGCCUAAGCAUCCACGGUCUCCGUCGAGUCCGCGACGCGCGAAAAAAGGGCACGACCGCAACGCCCGCAGCUUCUCACGAUGGCAACUCUCUCUCAACUUCAAACAACACCGCACCCAAGGUCUUCGUCGGAUGCGCCCGUCGCUACGCACCAUGUUUCACGGAUAGCUUCAAAAGAGAACUCUCCACUCUAGGACGUGUGUACUACGCCCGCUGCCGAAAUAUCACAGGCCCCGCCCUGCCACCGAUUAUCCCUAUUACCCCGGGCAAUGGAUACAUCAACGGUACAAACGGGGUAAACGAUUCACUCACGCCUUCUUCUACUUCCUCUUCCACCAGCACGGCCACCGCCCGCCCCCAGCGUAUCCACGCCCUCCUCGCUGACAUCUUCGGCUCAAACGAAGAUCUCACCCGCGAUCGCGAGGCGUUUUGUCGAUUCCUCGGCACCCUGGGCGGCCACGAUCUCUCGCUGAUCCGGGAGAGUCUGGGGUUUCCAGACGCGGUCUCGAAUAUUUCUAUCAUUGAGCCGUUUUAUUCGGCCAUGUUUCAUUAUACGGAUAGUUCGCGUGGCGUGGACCUUCCGUUUACGUUGCUGUAUGAGGCUGGUGUUGAUGGGGUGCCGCGGUGUGAUGCGCAUUUGACGGUUUACGGGGCGAAGAAGACGGUUAGUGUUGAGUAUGAUUUUUCUUGUACGAGUGAGGAUGUCGCGGUGAGGGUUGUUGUUGAGGAGGCUGUUGGUGAUGAUGGGGAUGGGGAUGUCGAUGUUGAUGUUGAUAUGUUGGAUUCUGGCGAUGGGAGUGUGGAUGGUAAGACUGGCCGGAAUGGUCAUGUCAAUGGCCAUGGCAAUGGCCAGGGCAAUGGCGUUGCGAAUGGGCAUGGACGUGCUCAUGUCCGCGCUCGAAUGAAGCGCACCGAGUUCGUGAGUACGGCUAGGGAGACGUAUGAGCAGGAGUUCCUGGCUAUGCAUGCGUAUCUUGUUGGUGAUGCUGGGGGUUCGAAGAUCGAGGCGAAAACGACUGCGGAAGAUGCCCUGGAUGAUCUGAAGCUUAUGCAUAUGAUCUUUGAUCAUUAUGAUCGGCAGUGCGGGACGAUUCGGACGCCGUUGGGUUGA